UCUCAAAAAUGCUAGAAGUACGUACUUAGAAGUUUUCAAAAUGCUCACUCAUAGGUUUCUAAGAGGGCGGAGUACCGGACAAUUCGCACUUGAAUUUUAUUAGGAUUUGUGGGUAUUUGAAAAAAAUAUUAGUUACAAUUUUUUGAGGCAAAUUGAUGUAUUAGUCUUCAUGUCGGUCAGUGUAUUAUUUAUAAGUUCUCUGGGGUACUUAUUAAGGAACACAAAAAAAAAAAAAAUAAAAAAAAACAAAUAACGAAAGAAAAUGAUUGAGCAUUAAAUUUUAUAAGUGUUGAUAAAGUACUACUAAGAUGGAAGAAUCAAACGGUAGACCAGUUCUGCACAUUUUUCUGGUAAAUUUUCAUCAUAAGCGAGGAUCGCAGAUUGAAUUCGUUUAUCCUCCAAUUAAAUAUGCUGGCCAAGUAACUGAGAAUGUCCCAAGCUCAUGGAAAAAUCUUCCUACUUUUUGUCUGCCAGAUGGUGCACAUAAUGUUUCAAAGGAUACGGUUUUCUUUACAUUGCCGGAACUCUUAAACCCAAAGAAAAGUGUAUACGGCGUUUCUUGUUAUCGUCAAAUUGCAGUUGAGGACCUAAAAGUUGUUACCGAAGAUGUAACGAGAAGCUCAGUUCAAAAAUCAGUAUGUGCCGUCUUGCAGUUGCCACUUUUUGGGUAUAUAGAAGUAAAAUUAUCUCUUGUGGCCGAUGUAUUUUUCAUGGAUCAAAACACAGAUAUUUUGAUCAAGACGUAUAACCAACUGAAUCAAUGUUUAUUGAAUGGAGGCAUUGAUAGUCCUCUGCAACAUUUGUACGUAGGCUUGAAUAUUCGUGAAAUAUUUCUAAAGUGGCGACACAAGUUAUUAAUACUGUUUAAGCUUUUUUUAUUGCAAAAACGAGUAAUAUUUUUCGGGAGUCCCGUGAGGCCUACAUGUGAACUUAUCGUAUCUAUUGCAUCAUUAUUUCCGGAAUUGAUGACCAAGGGUUUUGACGAAGUGUUUUGUGUCAAAACUAGUCGUUCGAUCUCACCCAUCCAAUUAUCUUCAGUAGCUCCAAAUAAUGAUUCCCUCAAAGUCGUACAUGACAUUGAAACUAACCCAAAUUGUAUUACGUCUAUAAAUACUUGUAUAACUGAGGAUGAUUCAUCGAAAGUUCGCACAAAUAAUAUUAUCGCAACUCCACAACUGUUACAACGUGAUACCAGCUUGAAUACACUUUAUUCUACGUUAAGUCCAUUCUACGUUAUUGAGUCCAAACAUUGGUCUGCUCCCAUUCCAAUUUUUCAGAAUGGUCAUUUAUUUUGUCCAUACUUAUCGCUUCCAUUCAUGGACUUACUACAAGAUCCAUCUGUGCAAAGCUAUGUUAUUGGAGCAUCAAAUAUUCUGUUUAAACAAAAACGACAACUAGCAGACGUGUUCGUUGAAACAGAAAGUGGAAGAAUAGAAUUAAAUGAUACCAACGUAGGAGACUUGGAACUUCGAAAGUUACUUGAAUUGAGUACAGAGGAUCGGCGCUUUAUUGAUUAUCUCUUGAAGCAUGUUCAAAGUCCAAAGGAAGGAGCUGAAGGCAGCGAAAAUUGGAUACGACAACAAUUUUAUUUGUACACAGUUGCUUUGCUCAGAACAUCUUUAUGUACUGGUGGAUCAAAGGAACUAGAUCAAUUUAAUGGACAUUUUAUGACAAUUUUCCGCCGUACAGAUGCCUAUGAUGAUUGGAGCUCAGCACGUACAGAUUCCGAAGAAUUUUUUAAAUUACAACCAGGGCAUCCAUUUGCUGGAACUUUAUCUGUAAUAGACAUGAAAUUAAGAAUUGCACAAUCCAUGCACAACAGUGAAAGCGGACGUAAACUUAAUCAGGCUGUAAAUCAGACAAUAGCAACAGCCAAGUCCACAUUCUCAUCAAUUUGGAACUCGAUUUCAACGACUACAUCUGGAUCACUUAACCAGGAAGAUUGUAAAACUUCUGAAGAGGUUCCCAAACGAGGUCGAAUAGAAAGUUGCGUAGAAGCUCUCGCUGAAAACAAUGAAGAAGUAAAUGCGAUAAACGCGAGAAUUUCCAAUGAUGGAGAUGAAGUGGAGCAACCGCGUCAACGCAAAGAAUCGACGAAGGAGGAGUUGGAAGAAAUUAUACAAAAAACCGCAGACAAAAUUAUUGAAUAUGCCGAUUUUGACAAAGGAAAAGGCAAAGGAAAGGUAUUUACUGUUUAGUUAUUUAUUUGCAUAAAAGGUAAAUAACUUGGGUAAAUUAUCAAUUACCUAAUUAUUAAAUUACGAUGAAAAAAAUGUGCAAUGAAAUUAAAAUAAAUAUGGUAUUUAUUUAAGAAUUUGAUAGACUUUUUUUCCUUAGCAACCUUGUAAAUAA